AGCAGCAAAAAAAAGAACAUCAUUUGUGGAUUGUGGGUCCGGUAAAUUUUGCUCAAGUGGCCUUGAUGUACUUGCCGUUGCUGCGAUAGUUUAUUUGUUUUUUUUUUGUAAAUAAAUAAUUUUGAAAUAAUAAUAUAGAUAAGUUGUGGUGAUGAGCAAUAGACAACACUGACAAUGGCUUCGGCACUGGAGGUGUUUGUAAAUAACGUCCAGACACUUUCUACCCAAGGUAAUUACCGAGAAUUAUGCGAAAUAAUUGGAAAAUCAUCGGAAAUAUUGUUGAAGAAUGCCGCGCUUCUAGAUAACGUACUUGAGACACUUGACCUGCAGCAGCAUUCUCUAGGAAUACUUGCUGUGCUAUGUGUCAAGUUCAACUUAUCAUCCUCUAGUGGACAUGCUAAUUCAGAUGCCAAUAAAUUACUUUUUACUCAAGCCCAAGAAUUUAUUAUUGGGUGUAAUGGCGAGCAAGUGAGAUUUGCACCCGAAUCUUAUGCUGAUUUGUGUCACCUGCUUACACAAUCAUUAGUCGAAAUGCAAACGCCAAUGCGCGGAAUAGAACUUCUGCAACGUGCGAUCCGUAAAAUCCAAUUAUUUGACAGCCAGUUGACGUCAAUACACGCGGACCUCUGUCAGCUGUGCCUGUUAUCAAAAUGUUUCAAACCGGCACUAGAAUUCCUCAACACGGACAUCACCGGCGUGGGUCAGGAAGGCGGUCAAUUUGAUUCAAAAUAUUUUCUCCUGUACUAUUACUACGGCGGCAUGAUUUACACGGCGUUAAAAAACUACGACAGGGCGUUGUAUUUUUUCGAGGUGUGUGUGACAAUACCGGCGAUGGCUGUGAGCCAUAUUAUGCUGGAGGCGUACAAAAAGUUUAUCCUCGUGUCACUGAUACUCCACGGGAAAAUAGUCAACAUACCCAAGUACGCGAGUCAAGUGCUGAUACGUUUUAUCAGGCCAUUGAGUCAACCAUACGGCGAACUUGCUACCGCGUAUUCCACCAACAGCUGCGAGGAAGUCCAAGGAGUUAUUAAUAAAUAUCGUGAAGUAUUUGUCAGAGAUCAUAAUCUUGGUCUUGUUAAACAAGUACUUAGUUAUUUAUACAAGAAAAAUAUCCAAAGACUGACCAAAACAUUUUUGACACUCAGUCUUAGUGAUGUUGCAAGUCGGGUACAGCUUCCUGGUCCCGCUGAUGCUGAAAAAUAUAUUCUAAAUAUGAUUGAAGAUGGGGAAAUAUACGCGACGAUCAAUCAAAAAGAUGGAAUGGUAGUGUUCCAUGAUGAUCCAGAAAAGUAUAAUUCGCCUCGUAUGCUUGCUAAACUGGAACAAGAAAUGGCUGCGUGUGCUGAGCUUGAUAAGCGAGUACUUGCUAUGGAAGAGGAAGUAAUUGUCACGCCUCAGUAUGUUCGUAAAGCAUGUGGGCAAAAUGAUCCGGAUGAUACCGCUGGCGCACCGGCUACCAAUGUCACAAAUGCCCAAGUUCAACCUAAACUAAAUACUUACUCUAUGUAACAUACGUCGUGCUAUCUUUACUUUAUUAUUAAUUACAAUUAUUAUUAAUUAUUAAAAAAAACCAACAAAUACAACAACAAGUCCCGUCAUUUAGAAGCCGCAUAA